AUGGAUGAAGAUGACGAUCUCUUCGGGUCGGAUUUAGAUGAUGAUGAUAAGAGAGAUAAAGGAAGUCCGGAAGAUAAGAAGUUUUUCUUUCGAAAGGAACUCCGUUCUAUGUUAUACGGCUUCGGUGAUGACAAGGUACCGUAUGACAAAACACUCGAGACUUUGGAGGCAAUUGUUCUCGAUUAUAUAAAGGAACUGUGCGAGCGUGCCAUGAACGUAGGCAAGCCAGACAGAAUCGCGCUUGAAGAUAUUCAUUACCUUAUUCGACGGGAUCCGAAAAAGUUUGCAAGGGUGAAAGACUUAUUGUCAAUGAGCGAGGAACUGAAAAAAGCCAGGAAACAGUUUGACGACGUCAAGCAAUUGUGA